UGUAACAAGCGAGCGCCCUGAAGUCUGUAGUCAGUUUAUAGCCUAAUGUUAGCUUUUUAGUUCUUGCAUUUGCAUUUAGGACCCAAAAGUGAUAAAAGUUAUGUUAUCAUGUGAGGAUUAUCCUGCUGGACAAAACGCCGCCAUCUGUAGAUCGUUUAACACUAUUUUCCUUGGAGACGGUUGCUAACAACUUUGCCUACAUGGGGAGGAAGAGUUGAUGAAUAAAACCACCCGAAGACUGAUAACAGUAAGUCCAUUGUUUUGUGACUAUAAUCAUAAUCUUCAUCAUGCCUCGUGGAAGAUCUGCGAUCAGUGUCCUCUCCGACAGUAGCGACUUGGACUUUGAUGGAAUUGCUGAGACAGAGAUUGAAAAACUCCAGAGACAGUUUCGUAUUACAGAGGGAGAUCGACAGGCCUACAGCAUCCAGUCACAAGAAAUUAUACGCAAACAACGUCAGGAGAUUUCCAAGCUGCGUGAGGAACAGGAGGAACUGAUACGGACGUUGCGUGUGCUCGAGUCCCAGUCGCGCAGACAGAGCGAAACUCAGGAUACUGAGAACAUCCAAACCCUCCUGGAGCAACAAAACAUGCAGGAGGAUCAACUGGAAAAAGAGAAGCAGACACAAACUCAGCUGGAGCAGGAGAUUAUGAAUAUGGAGAAGAAGUUGGUGGAAGCGAGAAGAGAGGAGAUUACAUCUUCGCAAAGUCACACGUCUCAAGCCCGCCACACUCAGAAGGCCACACGAACACUGGAGAACAAACUGGACCGGGCCCUUAUUCGCUUUAAUGAGCAGCUGACGAAGAACAGCCAGCUCAGAGAAGAGCUCGAGACUCUCCGGAUGGAGCGCGUGCGGUUCCAGCAGCUGCAACGCAGACUGGAGAAGGUUUUACAAGAUGUUCGUAGGGAUAUUGGUGAAGUAAUUGACAUGUCCACCACAGCAUAUGAGGCAAGAGUGGAAGCUCAGACCAAAAUGACCAUGAUGAAAGAGAAGGAGGUGAAGGAUCUUGCCCAGUAUUCAUCUGAUGUAAAGGAGCUGGAGAGAGUCAUCGCUCAUGAACACAGACUCAAAGAGUUCAUGAGCACCAAGAGUAAUGAGAGAAACACUCUGGAUGAAGCACAGGAAAUCAGCCGCAGAAACGAGAUGAAGGAGCAGAGGAAGGCUGAUGCUGGAGAAGAGAAGUGUGAAACUCUAGAGGAGGUUUUCCAUCGUAUUCAGAGAGUGACUGGAGAAGAGAAUCUGGAGAAGCUGGUUACAAAAUUCAUUGAGGUUGAGGACAGAAAUUUUGCUCUUUUCAACUAUGUGAAUGAACAGAACACGGAAGCGGACAGACUGAGAGAGGAAAUCCAUCAGAUUAAAGAAGAGAUGGAACAGCUGCGCAUGAAAGGUCUUCAACAGGAAGAGGAAAAUCACCUGGCUUUAAAACAGGUGAAGGAUCUUCAGCAAGAGUGUGAAUCACAAGCUCAGCAGUAUGAAGCUCAAGCCGAAGACAUCAGCAAGACCCUUGAUCUGAUCAAAACAGGGAUUGAUAGUGUGUUCAGUAAGAUGGACUGUGAUCGAGCGUUGAUGGACGACAUGUUGGGCUCUUCUUCUGGGAUCAGAGACAGUAACAUCAUGACAUACCUCAGUCUGGUGGAGCAGAGGACCAGUGAACUGCUCACCAUUCAGGCCUUCAUUAAAUCAAAGGACCUGGAGAAGAAUUACGACCUGAAAGAGGUCGCUCAGUUCCUGCUGGGUCAGAAAGCAGAUGUGCAGAAACAAACAGCGAUGGUUCAGCCUCACAUUACCAGGCAUGAUUAUGAGGCAGAGGAUUCAUCUCUCACAGAUGAAGAGGAUCGACCUUUGACUCAUCAUGAACUUCAUCGGCACAUUAUGAUGAGCAGUGUCCUGCAUAAAGACGAGUCUCUGCGUGUUGGAGGAGGAAAAGAAGUGAAAACCCCGAAAAGCAGCACAUUAUCCAGCAGCAGACAGCGCUCGCUAGAGAACUAACACACUAGAUCCGGUUUUCUAGUAAACAAAACAUGCAUAUGACAUGAUUACACUCCUAGAUAAUUCAUUACAAGAUAAAAAAAAAACUCAAACUUUAUGCUGAUCUUUGAAAAAAUAUUACUGGUUUAAAUGUAUUUAAGAGUGAGUAAAUAAUGACAUGAACAGCUUCACACAACAAACAGAAGAGGGCAGCAUUGAGCCAUAUUUGGAUCUCGGAUCAUAUCCCUAAUGCAUUUCACGUCCGUCAUGUUUAAUAAUAAGCCUGAACAUAUCAAAAUGUUCUUUUGUUUGAAUUGUUUUCCCAAGUAAUCCAUCAAUUGGCCACUUGCUUUUAAAUUUCCCAUGAUUAUAUUUAAGAGCUGCAGCA